AUGUUCAGCAGAACCAUUUCGCGGCGUAUAGCUGCUACCACUCUCGUGGCAGCAGGCGGUUAUGCCGGCUGGAAUUUAAGGCCCGCUCAAGAUCAUAUUUACCAUAACGAGGCUCGCAACGACGUCCAGACGGCUGAACUAAAUCCUGCACGCCCUCCGUCGCCGCCCACGCGGAGCGAGCUGCUCAACCGACUAUCGAAAACUGCCCAAUUUGACGUAUUAGUGAUUGGAGGCGGUGCCACUGGGUCCGGUUGCGCAGUUGACGGCGCCACGAGAGGUCUCAAUGUCGCGCUUGUCGAAAUGAAUGACUUCGCCUCGGGGACAUCUUCCAAAUCUACAAAAAUGGCACACGGUGGUGUCAGAUACCUGGAAAAGGCCUUCUGGGAAUUGUCAAAAGCCCAAUUGGACCUUGUCAUCGAGGCUUUAAAUGAGAGAGGACACAUGCUGUACACCGCACCCCAUCUUUGCAAAAUAUUACCCAUCAUGAUCCCUGUUUACAACUAUUGGCAAGUACCAUACUUUUAUGUUGGAUGCAAGAUGUACGAUCUGUUUGCAGGAUCUCAAAACCUCAAGAGUUCUUUCCUUGUCAGCAAGGGUCAAGCCACCGAAAUUGCGCCCAUGCUGGAUGGCUCGAAAAUUAAGGCCGGACUUGUCUACCACGAUGGAUCCUUCAACGACUCAAGAAUGAACUCGACACUUGCUGUUACUGCCAUUGAAAAAGGCGCCACUGUUCUAAAUUACAUGGAGGUCUUACAACUCAUCAAAAAUGGAUCCACUGGGAAAGUUGAGGGAGCGGUUGUACAAGAUCGCGAGACCGGCGAGCAGUAUAAGAUUAACGCCAAAGUUGUCGUCAACGCCACUGGACCUUUCAGUGAUCGAAUUUUGCAGAUGGAUAAGGACCCUAAGGGGUUCCCCAGAAAUGACUUGAUUCAAUUUGCCAAUGAAGGGCACACCUCGAUUGGCUCUCGUGUAGCCGUCUCCAAUCCACAUAUGGUCGUUCCGUCCGUGGGUGUCCACAUUGUUCUUCCGGCGUUUUACUGUCCAAAAACCAUGGGCCUACUUGAUGCCAAGACGUCCGAUGGUAGAGUCAUGUUUUUCUUGCCUUGGCAAGGUAAAGUCCUUGCAGGUACCACUGAUAUUCCCAUGAAGCAGGUUCCAGAAAACCCCACUGCUACUGAAGCCGACAUUCAAGACAUUUUGAAAGAAUUGCAACACUAUAUCAAGUUUCCAGUGAAAAGAAGCGAUGUUUUGAGUGCUUGGGCCGGAAUAAGACCUUUAGUCAGAGACCCCAGAAAGGUGAAAGAAGGUGAGGGGGGUUCGACUCAAGGCUUGGUUAGAUCUCAUUUCAUUUUCACUUCUGACAAUGGUUUGGUUACUAUAGCAGGAGGUAAAUGGACUACGUAUAGAGAAAUGGCCGAAGAGACCAUCAAUGAGGUUGUCAAGCAAGGUCAUUUCAACGUCAAACCUUGCAUAACUAAGAAACUCAGACUAGCUGGUGCUGAAAAUUGGGACCCGAAUUUACAAGCUCUACUGGCACAAAGGUACCACUUGUCAUCAAAGAUGGCCGAACAUCUAGCCAACAGCUACGGUACAAGAGCUUCAAUGAUUUGCGAUAUGCUCGAGGAUGGCGAUUUGAACAAACUACCUGUUACGUUUGGUGGUAGAGAAGACGUCACUGUCAUUGGAAACGUUGAUUUUGAUUCCUUCAGGUAUCCAUUCACCAUCGCUGAGCUCAAAUACAGCAUUAACCACGAAUAUACACGAACAGCUCUAGAUUUUUUGAUGAGAAGAACUCGAUUUGCUUUCUUGGAUGCAAAGCAGGCUCUAGCAGCUGUUCCUGGAACUGUGAGCGUAAUGGGCGAUGAGCUCAAUUGGGAUGCAUCCAGAAGGGAGAGGGAAAUUAAAGACACCCAAGAGUUUAUCAAGACGUUCGGUGUUUAA